GUCUAAAGUUUUCUACUGCUGGGGAAAAAAAGUAUCGAGUGGGAAAAUGGCUGCCAACGGUCGGAACUUCGUCGGAGCCAAUGAGAACCUUCCGCCGUUCAAGCAUUUCUUCAAGGUGAUCUGGCCGGAAGCCAUACAGACCAAGAAACUGAUGCUCCCUCGGAAGUUUGCCGUGACUUACAACGACGAGCUUUCUCGCGAGGUGCUUCUGGAAGUUCCGAACUCCAGAGUUUGGCGGGUGCGGCUGACCAGGGAGCGUGGAGACGAAACCAAACUGUGGCUCCACUCUGGAUUUGGGGAUUUCCUCCGUUUCUACUCCAUCGUCGCACGAGACUGCCUGAUUUUCAAGUACAAUGGCCGCUCCCGUUUCGAAGUGGUCAUUUGCGACUCCACCGCCUGCGAGAUCGCCUACCCAAAUGAAGAACCUCCGGCAUCUUCCGGUGAAGAUGGCGACAGCUACGACGACUCUGAGUUUGACAGCGACGCUCCCGCUGGAGAAGAAGAAGAACACAGUAACGGUUCUGGGUCAGAGAGCGAGCAAGCGGAGAUCGGAAAUCCCCGAAGUGGUGAUGGAUCAUGGUCUCGCCGGAGAUUUAAACGACCGGCCGGAACUACUGCAGACGGUCGAGAAAACAGAGGCAAACGACCUCGUCUGACGGAGGAGGACAGUGAUACCUCGGCGGACUCACAAUCUGACGAUCACCGGCGAGCGGGAAAAGGAAGCGGCAAAGGCAAAAGGGUCUGGAAGUGGACGGGAAGCGGCGCUUCAGGAUCCCGCCGCCGGGGAAAACGCCCCCAGCCCAGUUGCGGGAGGGACGACGAUCUGCGGAUCCGGCUGCUGGCGUCAAAGAUCGUGACGAUAACCCGGUUCUGGUGGAGCUUGAAGCACUUGUCUACAGAGAGCAAGAACGCGAUUCACAGAGCCAUCGACCGCAGCAACCCAGGAAGCCAUUCUGUACUGAUCGUCAUGAAGAAGACUCACAUUCAUCCAGGCAUAUUCAACAUACCUGCUAAAUUUGCCAAAAAGCACUUCCAUCAGCAUUCAGAAGUGGUCACAAUGCGUGUCUACGAGGAGAACGAGGGAUUUGUGGGCGAAUGGUGCGUCUCUGCGGAAAGAAUUGAGCGUAAUCUCGUGAGUGUAAAAAGAGGGUGGAUUGAGUUUUGUGCAGACAAUCGUUUGGUGGAGGAAGAUGUGUGUUUGUUGGAUCUCGUUGAUCGGAAGGGAAAGAUUUUCGAUGUUCACAUUUUUAGGGCUGAAUGAAUGUGAAUAUUUAGUGGGGCUGGAGAUUAAGUAGGAAUGCUACUGCGGUGGUGUAGUUAGUUGUUGUAAACUCGCCGAUCUAAUCCUUCAAACAGUUUAUGUGGCUUGUUGUAAUAGGUUUGUAUCUGUGUGCUGUUUUUUUUUUUUUCUUUCUCUCUUUAGUUGAGCUGUUGGGUAUGUUUAUCGCAGAAGAGUUAUUCUGC